UUGUCUAUUCCUUCUUCCUUUUCGUGCGGCCGUGUCACCGCGUGGUUUUCACAGCCGCGUUUCCAAAGUGAAACAAACUCAAAAUGGCAAUCAGACCUGUAUAUAGGCCGACAAUCGUCAAAAAGAGGACGAAACGAUUCAUCAGACAUCAAUCGGAUCGCUAUGAUAAACUUAAAAGGAACUGGCGCAAACCAAGAGGUAUUGACAACAGAGUGCGCAGACGUUUCAAGGGCCAGUACCUGAUGCCCAGCAUUGGUUACGGAUCAAAUAAGAAGACACGUCACAUGCUACCCAAUGGUUUCCGUAAGGUACUCGUGCACAACGUCCGUGAAUUAGAGAUCCUCAUGAUGCAAAACAGGAAAUACUGCGCAGAGAUUGCGCACGGAGUCUCCUCAAAGAAGCGCAAGACGAUCGUGGAGCGAGCGCAACAGUUGAGCAUACGGGUGACCAACGCCGCCGCGCGUCUGCGCAGCCAGGAGAACGAAUAAGCUAUUGUUAUAAUAAAAUAUAUAAACUA